CACGAGCGGACUGAAGAAGAGGAGGACCCACGGCACAGCAGAGACAUCCAGACUGGAGUGCUUGAAGCGCCCCUUGUAGCCACGGAGGACCCUACCACUGCCACAGCGCAGCCCAGGACCCAAUGCAGCAUCACGGAGGAGGAGAAGGGAGACUGAUGGCGCUUCCCGUGUUCAUUCUGUGGGAAAGCCUUCAGUUUUUGUAAACAGUCUGCUGUCCCUGAAGACCUGCUGAUCCAGUGUUACUGGUGGGAGAGAGUGGACCUCUGCUGGUCACAAACCCUGGACCCUGAUCAGGAGCCGCCGCUCUUCCUUCCAGAGUCGGGACCAGGACCCAACCGCGAAGGACCGAGACUUCACCACAACACGACAGCUGGACUGAACAACCUCAGUCCUGGUGGUCAACAGAGAGACAGAGGCUCCAAUCAGGGAUCCAGUCUGCGGCCUAGACCCUUCUCUUCACAGUCUCAGUGCAGGGAUGGAGCAGAGCCUGGGGCUGAUAGGAACAGGAGGGUCUCUAUGAUAAACACGACAGUAUGCAUGAUUGAAAGAUCAGGUCACCCUGGGCUUCAGCCUUCACAGAGAGUGGUGGGAGACCCCCCCUGGAUAUAGUCUAGCAGCAAGUCUGUCUUCUCCUUUGGCGUCACAUCUAAUGCCUGGUGAAUGGGUUCAUAGAAGAACUGGGCCUGGAUGUUGCCUUCCUCGGUUACCCCACCAAUACAGACAGGGUCAGGAUGGGCAUUCACCAUUUGAGGCACCUAGCCUACAACAGAUUGUGUGCAAUCCCAACAACACCCAAACAAUGGCUAGAGGUCCAGGAGGAAGCUCAAUGACGGAGGUUCUCCUUCCUAAGUAACCUUAUCAGACAAAGGAGUGUCCAGUGAGAGAAAUCACAGCAGUGUGGCUAGAAUUAUACACAGGGGAUAUCUGGGAACUAUCUGAAAUACAGUUAUGAAGUGUCUUGUGGUGGUGGUGGGGGGGGGGUUACUAAGUCCCUCAGUUGAACAUCUGGGUAUGAUCACAUUCUCACAUGAUACAGCAAGAGUUCCCAAACUUUUUGUUGGCCCUCGACCUCACUUUGAUACCUGAAAAUUCUCAACCCCAACCAUGUGGGAAAAAAACAUUACUUUUUCAAAAAAAUAAUUGGGGCUAAAACAUUGAGAUGGAAGUGCCCAAAGAUGACCUCCAAUCAUCUUUGUGGUACCAUUUGGAAGUUGAAAUGUCAGUUAUUAAAAUUUUAGUACAUUUAUCAGCCAAAACAUGACACCCACCCUGUAUUCAUGAGCAUGCUGUGUCUCAACCGAUGACAGGCACAACAAACACCUCAUUAUGCAAAACUGUGUCUAAACUACAACAUGUGCAGAAAAAACAGUUUUUAAAUAAUUAACGACGGUUAAUGACAAUUGUUAUUAAAAACAUGUUUUUUUCCAUGCUAUGCAAAAUGGUUCAACCUUGAGCGCCUGUUUUGGCAUUUAAGUUUAAAAAAGUAACUUUCUGACCACUUCUACCAUGGGCAAAUAUGUAUGGUAAAUUUCAUACAAAUCAAAAAGGGUUUUGGUCAAAAAGUGAUUGAAAUCAAAUGGAACGACCCUUUUUAUAGGAGUUUUAAUUAAACACAUACCCCUCAUUAAACUUGUCAUUUGAAACAGGCUUGUAAAUGCCUGUUUUUAGAGAGACAGUAAACCUAGGCUAGAUAAAAGGACAGUUGAAUGUUUACCGUACUGAGGUGAUGGAGAAAAGUGAUUGUAUUCUACUCUAUUAUUGCUAACACACUUCUUUAAACUAGUGCUCGAAUCUCGAAAGACUGUUCUUAAAUAGGAGAUAAGCAGUACCGUAUUUCAAAGAACAGCUUGCAUACGCUUUUCAUUUAGCCACACCCUUUGAGCGACAACAUCCUUCCUCGUCGGUAUAAACGGAAGUAAACAGUAACUAAGAACAAUUUCCACGUUAGCGUUGUUGUUAUUUAGACGUUUAUUAACACCAUGGAACUCAAACUAUGACUCAUUUAACUGCACAGCAUCACAUACUUACCCCAUGUAGAAUUUAAUCCGCGUUGGAAACAGGACUUGAUUAAUAGAGGUUAGCUAUCUAGGUAACGCUACCUAGCUGCUAAGUUAGUUAACAAUGGCUGCUAACUGUAUGGUUUUUCACACUCAAAUAGCCUCCAUAAUGGAGGUUCUAGCGAAUGCAGCCGUGGCAGAGGUCUGUAAACUCGUAGACGACGACUAUGCAGUGUUUCGGUUGGAAAUAACUCACAGCCAAAAAGAAAACAGUGCAUUGCGGAGGAAACUACAGCUACUGGAACUGAAAUUGUCACGGGAGCGCGCAGAGAGGACAAUGCGAGAGCGCGUCCUCGCCAGUCGUCCCAGAAGUGUCAAGGUCCUCGACCGAUACAGAGGAAUGGCAAGAGGUGAAGGAGAUCUCACUGGAGGCCACAGGAGCUUUGUGAAGCCAGCUGGACAAAAUACAUGGAGAGUUGACCAAACAAUCACUGUUGAUGAGGGGAUUCGAACCUCAACCCAGCACGUUAUUGUGAUAGAGGAUACAGAGGCUGCAGGUCCUGGGGUCAAGCUUGAGAGGUCUGAAGGAGAGGAGGACCCACAGCACAGCAUAGACAUCCAGACUGCAGCAGCUGGAGCUUCCCCUGAAGCCAUGGAGGACCUCGCCGCCGCGCCCCAGCCCAGGACCCAACGCAGCAUCACGGAGGUCAGUGGAACGCCAAACGCCGUUCUCAAGUCAGAGACAGACACUGAGACUUUAAUUGUAACACACAGCCUCUUAAACACAGGAUCUGAUCACAGAUCAGACCCAGAGAGACUGUGGCUGGGGAAACUGGGCUGUCCACAUGCUCCUGGCUCAGAGUAUUUACCGGUAUUUCACCAGAGCCAGAGGAUGGUUCAUUCCCGUGGUGAUGGUAACGCGUUACACUCUGGCGGUGAUGAUCCAUCUUGUUCUUACACUACAGAGAUGGACCCUGGCAACAUGCCCGUGGGUUUAGAGACACAGACUGAUCUGUCCAGAGGGGACUGGAACCAGUACAGUAGUAGUGUAUACUCUGAAGGGUGCCUAGAUAAGAAAGGGGAGGGUCUGGUCGUAGAUGAGGUGACUGUGAAAGUGGAGGGUGAUGCUCCUCUGACACUGAAUGCAGAUGAGACUCACUUAGGAGAAGGACACUCGCAGGACAACGCCAGUGACUUCUUAGACUACAGGGAAAGCUUAGAGACAAAUCUAAAUGUCCCAACCCACUCACCUUUACACACGCUCAUGGAUCGCGAGUCAGUGUCCACGUCGAUGGGGCCUUCCGAUUCACACGGCCGCGUCCUUUUCAAUCAGGUAUUGAACUCAAACGACAGGGCUAGAGCCCAGGCUGAGGGAGGGGGAGCCACAUCAGGCAAUAGUAAAGAGAAACGGUUCCUCUGCAUGUUCUGUAACAAAGGCUUCAGCUGCCUCCAGAAGGUGGAGAUCCACCAGAGGGUCCACACGGGGGUGAAACCCUUCAGCUGUACCCAGUGUCACAUGCGCUUCACCCAGGCUGGCACCCUGAAGAGGCACCAGAGGGUCCACACAGGGGUGAAACCCUUCAGCUGUACCCAGUGUCACAUGUGCUUCGCUCAGGCUGGUGACCUGAAGAGGCAUCAGAGGGUCCACACAGGAGAAAGGCCAUUUGCCUGUAUGCACUGCGGGAAGAGGUUCUCAGAGAGGAGAUACCUCAGGAUACACCAGCAGAAAAAACAUUCCACUCUAUAACAUAAAGUCACCAUUCCACUCGAUAGCUUCUGAGAUUUAGAUUAAACCCUGCAUUAAAAGUAGACUCAACGAGAUGACAUAAAUGCACAAAGUAAACCGCCGGAGUGGGUCAAUUUCUACAACAACUAAGAGCGUUGUAGUGCAAGGCCCAGACAUUGUGGGAUACAGCGCCUUCAGAAAGUAUUCACACCCUUUGACUUUGUCCACAUUUUGUUGAAUUUUAAAAUGGAUUAAAUUUAGAUUUUGUGUCACUGGCCUACUACACACAAUACAUCAUAAUGUCAAAGUGGAAUUGUUGUUUUUUUCAAUAAUGAAUAAAAAAAUGAAAAGCUCAAAGUUCUUUUAUGACAAGCCUAAAUAAGUUCAGGAGUGAAAAUCUGCUUAACAAAUCACAUAAGUUACACAGAGUCACUCGGUGUGCAAUUAUAGUGGUUAACAUGAUCUUUUAACCAGUACCUCAUCGCUGUACCCCAGAUUCAACCACUACCUCAUCGUUGUAAAGAACAGAUUCAAGUGUUGUUGUUGGAAUAAUUAUAUACACAAAUGUACAGUGUAAAUGUUUGAGGUCCUGCAUUCAGGAGUGGGAUUACUGUAUGUUUAUGGUAGAGUUGCCAGACAGAAUCCACUUCAGAAGCCACUUCAGUAAAAGGCACAUGACAGCCCGCUUGGAGUUUGCCAAAAGGCACCUACAGGACUCUCCAACCAUCGCAAGAUUCUCUGGUCUGAUGAAACCAAGAUUGAACGCUUUAGCCUGAAUGCCAAGCGUCACUUCUGGAGGAAACCUGGCAUCAUCGUUAUGGUGAAGCAUGGUGGUGGCAGCAUCAUGCUGUGGGGAUGGUUUUCAGCGGCAGGGACAUUGAGACUAAUCAGAAUUGAGGGGAAAGUACAGAGAGAUUCUUGAUGAAAUCCUGCUCAAGACCUCAGACUGGGACAAAGUUUCACCUUCCAACAGAACAAUGACCCUAAGUACACAGGCAAGUCAACGCAGGAGUGGCU